UUCUAAGGGGAUGUUUUUUCGGGGUGUUGCCAAGGUAAUGUAGUGGUAAUUACUUCAUUGUCAAACUUGUUGUGGAUGGCAUUUUUGAGAGAUAAGUAAGAAGGCAAUUUUCAAAAAUGUCUUCAGAAUUACUCGAACGUGAAGAAGAAUAUAGAAAAUUAAAUGAAAAGCUAGAGCUACGAUCGAAAGAAAUACUAAAAGAAUUCGAAAAUGUGUUAAAAAAGCAGGACGAUAUCCUGCAAGAAGCUUCCCUAAAGGCACAAGACGAUAUUUUCGAUUCUUUCUUGAAUAAAAAAGUUCGUUCGAAGAUAAACUUGGAAAAUGACGUGGAAAUUGAUCCUAAUUUGGUCCCAAAAAGUGUCGACGAAAUGGGUGCCAAAGGAAUGAGCCAAUUUUACAAAACGAAGAUAAAAACUAUGCAAAACAGCUACGAAAAACUACAAAUAGAGUACAAAAUGAAAAGCGACGAACUUCGUAACACAUUAGCUGAAAAUAAACGAUUGAUUGAAGAAAAGGAGAGAUGGUUUACUAUGAAUAACGCCAGUAAAAGUCAAGUAAACAAAUUAGAAAACCAAAUGUCCACAUUAAACUCCAAGCUGCAGGCGAAAGAAUCCGAAAAUUUGUCGUUAAAAAAAGAAGUGGAGCAAUUAAAAAAGGAACUUCGAAACGUGUCCCAAAAUUCAUCUGGCAACGAGGUCAAAAUAAACAGACUGUUAGAGGAGAAUGAAAAAUUAAAAACAGCCAUACAAAAUUCAAAAAAAGAGGAGGCAGAUUUGAAGAUGCAACAUCGAAAACAUAUAGACCAAAUGACAUCAGUAAUUAAAGGGUUGGAAAAACAGAAACUGGACGUGGUCGCAGGCUUUAAAAAACAAAUGUUACUCGUUGACAAUUUGAAGAGACAAAAGGCCCUUUACGAGACUCAAAAAUUUUCCGAAAUAGCGGACAAAGAUUUCAUGAAAAUAUUAGACUGGAAUAGAAGCCAGUAAAAACAUUCCACAAAAAAUAAAAGUUCUGCCUCUUUUGAUAAAACGUUAUCGUUUCUUUAGUUGCGGUACUUAAUAAUUAUUAUUAUUAACACGAUAAAAAUUUAGUGUUAACUGAUUAAUUAAUUAUAUGUACAAGGCAGGAUCGUGUACAUUGAAUAAAAAAGAAAUAGAUUGGGCCAAAGUAGUCUUUAAACUUUAGAUCACCUAAGCAGCCCAAAAAGUAUUAAUUCGCAUCUUAUUAACUAUGUAAUGCAACAGUAAUUAUUACUCAUUACCACGCUUGCAAGUAAUUCUAAACACAAACGAAGUAUUAGCUGCUGUAAAAUUAUUUUCUAAUUUCUCACCCACCCCCCUACCCCCCAACAACAUUCCAUAUAGACAUAUAAGCAGGUGUACCUAUUAAUUAUAAAAUAUAAUUUAUUUUACUGUAUUGGUGUAAUUUUUGUAUUAAACUUUACACGGCGAAAAGAAUAUUUUACUGUGCGUUUGCUAUUGCAAAGUAUUGUAGUGUAAAUAAUUAUAAAUACAUAAUGAUUAUA